CUGGCUCUCUCUCCACCUCUUCGAUCGCGGCGCCCGUGACCUCUGCCGAGCUCCCUCGCCACGACGGCCCAAACCCUAGCCCUAAUCGCAGUCCCAAUCCCAAUCCCGACCCAAAUCGGGCGGCCCCGUGCCGCGGCGCCGCCGUCCGAUCGACGGCCGAUCUGUUCCUCUUGCUCGGUUCGACGCCGCCGGAGGGCGGAAUUCCUUUGGUUCCUCUCUCGUUCGGUGCCUCUACCGAUACCCCGCUGACAACGUUGUCCUGCCUUUUGCUAACUUGGUGGUGGUAUAGUUCACCUCCACCUCUUUCGGUUGCGGAUUAGUUGUCGAGGCUUCAUUUUGGGUCUUUCAUGUGAGUUCUGAGUCUGAGCAUCUCUGGCAUCUGUAGGUUCUACUCCUCCUUGAUAAGAUAUGAGUAUGACAGGAGGUAAUGAUAAUGGACCAGUCGACACAGAAACACCACUGCCAACUACAAGACGCAGGAGAAAGAAGUCAUCAGUUUGGGAGCACUUUACAAUCGAAGAAGUCUCUGGCGGAUGUACACGAGCUUGCUGCAAACUGUGUAAACAAACCUUUGCAUACAGUAGUGGGUCAAAGAUAGCAGGCACUAGCCACCUCAAGAGACAUAUCGCUUUAGGUUCCUGUCCCAAAAUAAAAUAUCAGAACAAACUGGCACUUGCUUCGGUGGCAAAAUCCGAUGGAGAUACCCCUGAUCCACCCAAAAGACGCUAUAGGACAUCUGGUUUUUCAAGUGUUUUUGAUCAGGACCAAAGCUAUGUGAAUCUUGCUAGGAUGAUCAUUGUGCAUGAAUAUCCACUCGAUAUGGUUGAGCACCCUGCCUUUGUUGCUUUUGUUCAAAGUCUCCAACCGCAGUUUAAGAUGGUUGAUGUGAGUACUAUUGAAGGAGAAGUCUUAUCUUUAUAUCAGAAGGAAAAACAAAACCUCAUGCAAGCCUUUGUAACUAUACCUGGAAGGAUCAGCCUGACAAUAGGUCUCUGGACAACCAGUCAGACUCUUGGAUACAUUUGCCUUACCGGGCAAUUCAUUGACAGCGACUGGAAGUUGCAUCGAAGGAUGCUGAGCUUCAUGAUGGUAUCUUCUCCUCAUUCAGAAAAUGCUCUUAGCGAAGCUAUUGGUGUUAGCCUUUCAGAUUGGAAUAUGAAAAGUAAGUUGUUCACGAUCACCUUGGACAACAACUGCUCAUCACACGACAUCUAUAGUGCAAACCUGAGGGACCACCUCUCCAACAAGAACAUGCUCAUGCUGAAAGGACAGUUGUUUGUUGUGCGUUGCUAUGCCAAUAUCCUGAAUGUUAUUGCAGAAGACGUGAUUGCUUCUAUCCAUGGUAUCAUAUAUAACAUCCGUGAAAGUAUAAAAUUUGUGAAAGCUUCUCCAGCCCGUGAAGAGAAAUUUGCUGAGAUUGCUCUACAACUUGAAAUUCUCAGCACAAAAGCCCUAUCUCUUGAUGUCACGACACAGUGGAACACAACUUACCUCAUGCUUGUAGCUGCAUUGGAAUAUAAACGAGCAUUUAAUUUCUUGGAAACAUGUGAUGAUAACUACAAUGAAGCUCCAUCAGCUGAUGACUGGAUGAAGGUGGAAGUCGUUUGCACAUACCUAAAACUUCUGUAUGACUCCGCUAAUGUCGUCAUGGCAACAGCAGAUCCAACCGCAAAUAUAUUUUUCCAUGAAGCAUGGAAACUCCUGGUGGAGCUGAAUAGUGCAACAUUGAGCGAGGACACUAUGGUCAGCGGCAUAGCUAAUGAGAUGCAUGAGAAGUUUGACAAAUAUUGGAAAGAUUGCAGCCUCAUCUUGGCUCUUGCUGUGGUUAUGGAUCCCCGUUUCAAAAUUAAGCUUGUCGAGUUCAGUUUCUCAAAAGUUUAUGGUGCAGACUCUGCCAGGUAUGUAAAGUUGGUCGAUGACAGCAUUCAUGAACUCUACCUCGAGUAUGUUGCCCAGCCACUUCCUCUGACUCCAGCUUAUGUGGACCAAGGUGAGGCCAACCACAUCAAUGGCAAUGACAGCAAUGUGCCCACGGUGGACGGGCUUCAAGACUUUGAUAUGUAUCUGUCUGAGUUAUCUGUGAAUCAGCCAUCUAAGCCAGAGAUAGACCAAUAUUUAGAAGAGUCACUUGUGCCACGGAUCCAAGAUUUUGAUAUCUUGAAUUGGUGGAAGCUCAACUAUCUCAAGUAUCCAACGCUCUCAAAGAUGGCCCGAGAUAUCUUAGCUAUCCCCGUAUCCAUGGUUUCAACGGGCUGCUCCAUAUUUAGUUCAGGAACUGGAAGCAGAGUGCUUGAUGAAUACCGAAGCUCUUUACGUCCGGAGACGGUGGAGGCACUUUUCUGUGCGAAGGACUGGCUCCAAUACUUGCCCACCAUGGCAGAGCCACCAUCCACCGCUAUAGUCAAAAUGGAAAUCUAGGAUGACUAUAAAUUGUGGCUUCCUUGUAGCAUUAUGUAUCGUUGCAAAUGUAAUGUGUGCCAGCUUUUAUGUUUCUAGGACACGGUAGGUUAUCCGUCCUAGUGUAGUGUGGUGUUUCCCAUUUGAAUGUUUAUUGACGCCCAGCUAGAGUUAUCUCCCAAGAUGGUCACUUACUUGAUGCAGCGGUCGCCCUGCCAUGCUAUGCCAUGCCGGACUCACUUCAAAGUACUCUAGAGGUGGCUGCUUUGGUCAUUCUUGGAAUCAUCAGUCAGUGGGUGACUAUUCCAGAUAAAAGCUUAUCUGCUUUAAGUGUCUGUAUGAUGGUUGUGCAAGUGAUGAUCGGAGAAGAUCAUGUUGAUUUCCACUGCAGAAUUGCAUUGCAAUCAUCUACGACUAAGAUUGGUAAUCUGAGAUGAUGCAUGCAGCCAGUGAUUCUUCGUAAGAUCAGAAUUGCAUUGCCGCUCGAGGAACUCAGGUAAGUUUUGUUAUGGUUGUCUUCAUAGAUCAGCUUUUUGACCUUAAUCAUGUAUGUGCAUUGUUUAGUCACCUACGGUUGGCUUCCAUGCCAACUUGGGAAGCAUAUGUUAGUUAACAUAUGGUAAGCGUAUGUAUGUGUUAUUUAUAAAGAUCAGAUGGGGUAGGGACAA